AUGGACGAAGAGGCAAUCGAGCGUCUGAAGAGGCUUCAAAUGGAGGACCUUGGAACGCUUAGAAGAGAGUAUAUCUCGACUGUUGACACUAAGAAGUUCAGGAAUAUUCGCUUGGAGGAUAUCGAAGCCACGCGAAUGAUAAAUGUUGCUGGAUCAGACGCUGCGCGUCUGGCCCAAGCGAAUCAAGCACGCCUCAAUGCUUGGGCAAAUGCACACAAGGAUUUAGGUGACCCGGCCGAUCAAGAGCCUUUAGACCAUCUUCUAAACGGCCAGAGCCACCGUCUUGGACUGCGCGCCGUGAUAGAAGGGAGCGGUGGCCAGUCUUACACAAAAUCCGCCAAGAAGAAUGAUAAUUCCCGUCAGUUUGCAGAACGUGCUCUGAGCGGCCGCUAUGCAUCAACGAGAGGCUCCAAAACAACCGGCCGUGGCGGUGGUGUCAUCGGUACAAGAGGUCGUGAAACAAAGCAGACCUCGCCGAACGCUCAGACAAGAGUCACACACCAAGGCGCCGUCGCAAAGCUGGGCAAUCAUGUGGUCCAGUCCCCUCACGCCAGGAAGCACCUGCAGGAUCCUGCUCUUGAUUUUAAUAAUGAACCGCCGAAGAAGUCUAGGGAUGUAUCUGGCUCGAAGUCGCAAACAGUUGUUAAAGGUGGCGUGAAAAGAGACCUCGUUCUUCUCAAAACAAGACGGCCUGUUGGCAAUACCGAUUGGUCAAGAGUCCUCAGCCCUCCUGAGGACUUUCUUUCUAUCGCGCGCGAUAGUCUGGUCAAUGCGAAGGCUUCGAAUGUCCCAACAGCUGUUCUUACUACGGGUUCUGAACAAACUCAAGUCACUGUCUGCCAGCGUGAAUCACGGGCCGUUGAUCACGAAGGUUCCCAAUCUAUCAGCCAACCUGAGGACACCAAUGCGGGCCGAGCAUAUGAAGACUCCAUCGUUUCUUUCCGUUCAGACGGAGACUCAGUGGCAAUCGCUACGCCCGUGUCCUCUAAUAACGGUCAACCGUCACGGGUAAGCAUAGCCCAGGCAGCUCAUACAGCGAGUGAAAGAGACCAGCGGUUUGAGCCCAGAAGACUACAAUCUCCACAGCAAGAGAAACUGCAGCAAGUCAAAUCCACCUCCGAACAAUCAGACGACAAAGGUCAAGUUGGGAAGCAAAACCAAGAUUACGAGCUGGUUGAUGUCUCAACGCCGCCGUCCAGCUCACCUAAAAUCGUCCAGAGCAAAGAUCUCUACUCUGCUAAUGUCCAAGUUGAGGGGAGGACUGGAAUUCUCCUUGACUUCAAUUCCACUCCUCCAAGGAAGAGUCUUCCGGGCGCGGAAGAUAAUUUGUCGAUGAGCCCAGCCCUGCAAGAUUUGGAAGGCAUCAAUUUUCAAGCCAAUGUUGCACAAAGUGUUCUUUCGAGGCCAGAAACCCAGAUAUACUCUUUCGUUAAGUCCGAGCCAGUCGGUUCGAAGGACACUUCCAGCCUGAGGAUCGGAGAAAGCACUGGUGAUACGACGAUCUCUACGUCUGAGGAUACACCAUCCGAUCUGGCUGCCCUCCGAGAAAAGCUCGCACGCCUUUGCAAAUUUGUGGAGGAAACAUUGCGCCACCAUGUGCCUGAGCCGCUCCGAGAUAUGGACUUGCAAGCUCUCAGGAAGUACGAACAAGAGCUCAAAGACAUACUCUCCUUGCACCAACGGACAGCGAAGGAAACUGCCUCACAGACUGCCGAAAAUCUCUCAAUUCACAAACCUCAGGGAACAGAAGCUGGAACAACCAUGGAAGGAGAACAUUCCACGAUAUUCUCCCUCACACCGUCGGCCUGCUCUCCUCCCGUGGAAGCUUCUCUUGAGGAAGGCAAUAGUAGACUUAGUCUACGUUCCGAGGAGACAUCUAGUCCGUCUAAAUUCAAUGUGCAAGCGAAGGAAUUCGUCCCAACGGGUGCUGCCAGGAAUCCCAGUUUCAGCGGAUGGCGUGAUACUAAGCCUAGCCCUCCAAGCUCAACAACCUCCGAGUCACGAACUGGACAGUCACAGCAUUCUCGCCAGAAUAGUCAAGAUCAUAUGCGUAUUGGUUCGACUGAUUCGUUUUCUUCACGAUUUGCAUCUCAGCCCUCACCGCGCGGGCGUCAGGCCAGUGAGAAUCAUAUCUUUGGUGAUCAUUUAUUACCCGGUAGGGGAAGACUCCAUGAGCCGAAUGAUUCUCGUUCGAAAUUGUUGACUCCAACCAAGCCACAGGCCCUUACUGUGCCUAGGGCAAGACCUUCCGUCCCCGAAAGCAUAAACACUACCGGUGAACCUUCUCCGAGGCCUGUCGCGUUGGCAACCACUGCACCAGGGACUGGAUCUAAUGCUGCGAAGUCAAAUUCAGACUCUGGCCAAUCUACUCCUACUCCUUUGCCCAAGGCCGUCAAAGCGGUGUAUAGAGCGAAUUCGAAGGUGAGUGCUAUUUCGCAGGUGAAUGCACUGCAACGGUCUAUGCAUGCCCCAAAGGUGCAAGAGAAUCCCACGACCAUGAAAAAUCCGAGCGUCUCAGCAUUCGGCGGCCUCGGAGGCUCGAUCUAUGCAACCCCCGUGGUGCAAAAGCCUACUGUUGCGGCACCCGAGAAUCGCAAGUCCAGUGGCCUUCAAGGCUCGAGAUGGGCAAGCCCUGAGACUCAAAAGCCACUACGUUGA